CUCAUGAUAAUUAUAUUGAAACAAAUCUGCCUAUAUAUUUUACAACUAAAAAAAGAGUUUUUAAAACUAAUAAAUAUAAAAAAUUGCCAAAAAUAAGUUUAGAAAAAAAACUAAUUAGAGAAAUAGAAAUUAAUUUGUAA